CUUCUCGGGGUUGAAGGACCCCCCCUUCAGAAGGAGGCGUAUGCUGAUUUAGCUGCUUAGUUCUAGAUAAUAAUAAAAAAGGCCUUUAUAAACUGGAGCACCUUAACAUGUACUCAAAUAAGGUGGAAGGGCCACGCAGAGGAAGAUCGUUUGACUCCAUGAACAUUGGCUUCGACGAAAAACUGUUCAACAAUGAGAUAAACAAGUCAACUUUCACUAAAAUAGAAGAAAACACAGAAAAGAAGAAUUCAUCAGAGAAAGGUAGAGCGACCAUCAUCUUCUCCCUCAAAAAUGAAGUGGGAGGACUUGUGAAGGCUCUCAAACUCUUCCAAGAAAACCAUGUCAACCUCAUACACAUUGAGUCCAGAAAAUCCAAAAGGCGCAACUCUGAGUUUGAAAUUUUUGUGGACUGCGACAGCAACCACGAACAACUGAACGAAAUUAUCCAUCUGCUUCGGAAGCAUGUGAAUGUGGUGGAUAUGGACCCUCCAGAUAACUCAUGUCUGCUCGAAGAAGACAUGUAUGAUGUACCCUGGUUCCCAAAGAAAAUUUCCGACUUGGACAAAUGUGCUAACCGUGUUCUGAUGUAUGGAUCUGACCUGGAUGCUGACCAUCCGGGUUUUAAGGACAAUGUCUACCGCAAAAGGAGAAAGUAUUUUGCAGAUCUUGCGAUGGCCUACAGACAUGGGGAUCCCAUCCCUCAUAUUGACUUCACAGAAGAGGAAGUGAAGACUUGGGGGGUCGUAUACAGGGAGCUUAACAAGCUUUAUCCCAGCCACGCCUGUCGGGAAUACUUAAAGAACCUGCCGCUGCUGUCCAAAUACUGUGAAUGUCGGGAAGACAACAUCCCUCAGCUGGAGGAUGUUUCACGCUUCCUCAAAGAGCGAACUGGAUUCACCAUCAGACCCGUGGCGGGUUAUCUGUCUCCACGGGAUUUUCUCGCUGGUUUGGCCUUCCGGGUUUUCCACUGUACUCAAUAUGUGCGACACAGCUCGGAUCCCUUAUACACCCCUGAGCCGGACACGUGCCAUGAGCUCCUGGGACACGUUCCGCUGUUAGCAGAGCCCAGCUUCGCCCAGUUUUCUCAGGAGAUUGGUCUCGCUUCUCUCGGAGCCUCGGAUGAUUCUGUUCAGAAACUGGCCACAUGCUACUUCUUUACAGUGGAGUUUGGCCUAUGCAAACAAGAAGGGCAGCUGCGUGCAUAUGGAGCUGGCCUGCUGUCAUCCAUCAGUGAGCUGAAGCACGCACUGUCUGGAAAUGCAAGGAUAAUGCCUUUUGAUCCCAAAGUUACAUGCAAGCAGGAAUGCAUCAUCACAACAUUUCAAGAUGUCUACUUCGUGUCAGACAGUUUUGAGGAAGCCAAAGUCAAGAUGAGGGAGUUUGCGAAGACCAUCAAACGUCCCUUCACAGUUCGAUACAACCCCUACACCCAGAGCGUAGACGUCCUCAAAGACACUCCCAGCAUCAAUAGCGUGGUGGAGGAGCUCCGACAUGAGCUGGACAUCGUGGGAGAUGCUCUCUGCAGGCUCAACAAGCAACUGGGUGUUUGACUGAACAGCUGAAGUACCAUGUGACCCCCCAACGCUGCUGUAGCCAUGUCUGCUUGUGCUUUUGUCACUAAAAUGAAUGUGCAUCACUUUA